AGGUUCUUCCAGGACGGCUGCGAGAACUGCCCCUUCCUCGAGCUCGCGGAGCGCCAGGACCGCGUCGCGAGCUGCACGACGGCGUCGUUCGACGGCGUCGUCGCGAUGAUGAAGCCCGAGGAGUCGUGGAUCGCCCGCUGGGAGGGCAUCAACCGGAGCCUGCCGGGCUGCUAUGCCAUGAAGCUCACGGGCGAGAUGCCCGAGCAGAUCCGCCAGUUCCUCCACGACAAGCGCAUCAGCUCGCGGGUGACGCAGGCGGAGUAG